AUGAAUCAUUUUAAUAAUAAUAAAAACAAUAGUAAUAAUAAUAGUAAUGGUAACGGUAAUAGUCCACCUCCGUUAACUACCAAUGGAAUAGAUAGUAUUAAUAGUCAACUACAAUCACUCAAUUUCACAACUACAUUGAAUCAAUCGUUCGAUUUAACAAGUUCGACUGGUUCACUGUCGGAUUCAUUCGGAUCGAGUAGCGGUGGUAGUGGCGGUAGCGGUGGUCUAUCAACUUCAACUGGUUCAAAUAGUGGGAAUAGCAAUAAUAACAAUAACAAUAAUAAUAAUAAUAAUAGUAAUAAUAAUAAUAGUAAUGUUGCAAAUUUUACAUCAUUAAGAACAAGUAAAGAAUCAACCAAUCCAUUAUCAAAUAGUAAUAACAAUAACGAUGAAAACUACUCAAUGGCAAAGAUCUACUUGAAUAACAAGCCAAACCUCUCUAAUCAACAAAGUCUCGGUAGAGUAGACUUUAACAUGAAAUCAGAGGAUUUAGAUCAAUGUUGGUUUCACAAAGAAGCAACAAGAGAUGUUUCAAUUGCUUUAUUAGAUUCAAAACCAUCUACCAAGUUCACAACCAGGCAGCUAUGCAAUGUCUUGGGUCAAGGGUCAAGGCGAGAUCGGACACAAUCUGAUAUACGGUUUGUGUCCGGGAUACUCGUUGAAGCAGAACCCUACGAAUCCGACCGAUCGAUUUUGGUCGUUGCAAGCGUUGGUCGAGGGAUGCGACUACCUCAACCAGCCCAUCACAGUGUCGUCGGCGACUGCAUCGAUUGCCAAGUCGUCGAAUGCCAAAACCAACAGCGAAAGUUGAUGUGGAGUUUACAUAUUAUCGAAAAUCCAAACGAAAACGUUAAUCGUUCUGAAAAGAGAACUUGUGUAAAUAUAGUAUUGGUGGAUUAUGAAAUAGAACAAACAAAACAAAAACAAACAAAAGCAGAUAUGAUGAAAAUGAAACAACAACAACAACAGAAACAACAAAAGAAAUCACCUAUAUUUUAA